AAGGGAGAGGGAUAGUUGGACAGAGUGCUGAACGUAGGGCAGUGCAUCAUUGUGUUAUGAUGUGAGCAGGGAGGCAGGAAGGAGGAGAGGGACCAAAGUAAGAGGAGGAGAGAGGGAGUAAACUGAGAACGCAGCUGGACUACAUGUCUAGUCUGAGGGAGCCAGAUUAGUGGUGACUCAGAGCUUUUGGAAUACUUACCAGAAGGGAAUAUGACUUUGCACCACUGUUAGACUGCAUAGUGUAUGCUCAUGUGAGUUUGUGGGUGCCACGGAGGGACUGAAAGGGAGAAGGAGUUCAACCUCAUCAAAAAGGAGUCACUCAGUGCCCCCCUCCUCAAAGACUUGGAGCAGAGGAGUACAGAGGAGGGGGGCAAGGUGGAGAGGAGGCCAGGUGGAGAGGUGGGCCCCCACGCCUGGACGCAGAACACCUAAAGGACAAAGUGAAAUGUGCCACAGCUCAACCCAAGGUUUGACAAAUGCUGACAAUGAUGUGAUGGUGAUGGUGGACACAAGCUCUCCUGGAUUUUCAGGCCACUGAGUCAGUCGGCCAGGUGAUGGGGAGACGGGCGGCUGACCUGACCACUCCUGUGCCAGUACUGGGAGUUCCUGCCCUGGUGGGGGUGCGUGGUUGGAGUACAGCAGGGGGGGACAGUGCUGGGGGAGUGCUGCCACUGACAUGGGGUUCCCAGUGCAGUAUCGGAGUGCAGACUUCACCCGGCAUGAGAGCUCCACCCAUCUUGCACGGGACAAAACUAACAGGCACAUUCUCCAGUCAAUUAGGAAGAAGCAUUACUCCUACAUGCAAUGGCUACAUCCCAAAAGAGGCAAAGGAAGAGGAGGGAAUCAGACAGACUAAGUGUGUCAGAGGUGUUCUUUCAAAACAGAGGAGUUUAGAUUCCAAGACCAAAAAAGGUGUGACUUUUGAAGAGAUUUCCAGUGAACUUACAGAGAAUGUAGUCUUCAACAAAUGGAAAAGUGGGACUUAUUGCUCUGCCCGGGCAAUCAAGACUAACCCACACCUAUUAGGGGGCGUGGGGAACAGCAAGAUUAAAGAGAGGCGGGACUUGCGCUACACAAAUGGCAGCGUAGUUGACUCGGAGGCUAUAGGAGGGAUUUGUAUUGAUGGAAGUGAUGAGGCGGAGCCUGUCUCGACCAUGUCCUCUCGAGGAAGGGACCAAUCAAAACCUAAAGAACAUUCUGUGGCACAUUCAUAUUGUGGGAAUGCAAAACGACCACCUGCUCCCCCACCUCUCUGGAUGCUCCAGGAAAUGUGCAGACACUGUGGAGGGAGACAGACUGUGGUCCCUGGAGCUGGAGAUGAAGAUGCCAGUCUGGAAGUUAAGAGCCCUUCCUCUGCAUGCCCUGAAGGAACAAUAGCCAUGAAAACACCUAUUUCACUCAUAGACAGAAACCACCUUCUCCGUUCACAUACUGAGAAAGAGAGGAACUCUACAUGCUCCACUCCGAGGCUUGCAGACAGGGAUCUGAUACAAAGACAGCCGACACAAACAGAAUCUCAAUCCACCCACCCCCGCUGUAAACCCCCUAUUUACAACAACAAAGAGAGGAAGCCCAACCUGCCUGCAAUCCCAGCGCCUGCAUGGAAAACCAAAGAUCUGAAACAGACUAAUGGUUAUACCUCACAUUAUACAUACCCCCUGCAUACCUCUAUCACAGACCCAGUAGAAAGCCUAGUUACACCUUCACAUACACACUCAGACAAGCCAACCCGCCAAAGAACCAUCUUACACACAAAAUCUAUUACAGUCACUAAGGCAACUAUUGAACCCAGGCGUGCAGAUGUCAACACCCUUGAGACCCCAUCUCACUGGAGUAAAAUUCCUCGACCGAAAAUACUCAAAAUGUAUCCUCAGAUCGCAAUAGCCACCAGGGCAAACACGCCACGCGCAGACCGUAAACAUCCAAAGACACCCAUACAGCCCAACCCAUCAAGUGCAUCAUGUACAUCUACUCACCCUUACUGUCCAAACACACCAUACAGAACCUUUCCUCCAAACCAUGUUAACCCAUCCCAUGUUAUUAGAGCCCCUAAGCCUGAAAACACAACACCACGGUCUAACACUGCUACAACAUUACAUAUAAGUGCACCCCCUUACCCUGCUAACACACACGCAACUAAACCCCCUAACUCUGCAAACUCACAUACAGCUACACCUCCCACCCCUGAAAGCACACUGACGACAACCACAAAACUCCUAAACAGUGCUACUAAAACGAUACACAGAACAACACUCCCUAGCCUCGCUAACACAUUACAUAUAGCUACAACUCUAAAACCAGCAAACACACCAUGCAAAGCCACUCUCUCUUACCCUUACAACCUAUCACACACAACUACUCUCACAAGCUAUUAUAACCCAUCACACACAACUACUCCCACAAGCUAUUAUAACCCAUCACACACAACUACUCCCACAAGCUAUUAUAACCCAUCACACACAACUACUCCCACAAGCUAUUAUAACCCAUCACACACAACUACUCCCACAAGCUAUUAUAACCCAUCACACACAACUACUCCCACAAGCUAUUAUAACCCAUCACACACAAAUACACCCACAAGCUAUUAUAACACAUCACACACAAAUACACCUACAAAACCUUUGUUCCAUACCCUUAACCUGUCAAACACAUCACACACGCCUAGUUCCCCUGACUCAGCUAAUGCAUCCCCCAUAACACCCCCUAACGUUGAUAACGCAUCACAUACAACUAUAUCCUCUCUCUGUUCAAAUGCCUUAUACACAGCUACGCAGCAUCAGUCCUCAUCCACAUCACUGCCGAUCUGUGGACCAUUAAUCAUGACACAGAUACACAACAAUAAACCACCUGACCCAUCAAACAGAUCAAGCACUAACACGCAGAAUAACAGCACAUUUAUAAAUACACAUAUUGAACAAACCGCUGCCCUUCACACCAGCUCUCAUAACAGAUUUGUUGUUGAUCCAAUAAUGCAUGCAAAUGUAUAUGCCAAAGUAUUGUCUCUGUCUAACAAAAGUAGACACUGUGCUCCUGUCAUCGUAUCACAGACACAUCAGGAAAGACACUCUGGAAUAUUCAAUGCAUCACAGGUCACUAACCUUCCAAAACACAUCACUGAAAUAAAUAUAAACAAAGAAUGGGAACAGCAGGGACACAUUGUCACACAACAUCAGGGAGACCUUUUCACAAACCUAAAACCUGGAUCUGAGUGUCAGAUACAUUCUCACAAAGAGCACAUUCCCUCCAGCGUGUUACAUACACAUGCAAAUACCACAUUUAGAUUCAGCCUUGACAGGCAGAUAUACACAAAUUAUGCUCCAACUUCCAGCACACCACAGACACAAACAGAUCCUAAGCCCCUCAUUGCAUCACAGACAAACACUACUGCACAUGUCCAACCGAUCACCGAAACACCAAAUCACAUAAACAAAGACUUACGUUCGACACCAACCCCACACAAACACACAAGCCCCACACACCGACUCUUACCACAGGCCCGUCCAUACACAAUCACUGAACUCCUCACACACAAAGCCAUAAACCCCAAGUACAACCCCCUUUUGCCGCCAUCACGCAUGGCACACCUAGAAUCCUACACCCUCGCCCAUUCCAAUCAGACACACCAGAUGAUCCAUCCAGUAUUUUUGUUGUCAAGUACCAUCCCACAACCCUCCCGAGACGACCCUAGGCUGGCUCACUCCCACCCGGCUGAUUCAGACCUGCUGCUGCCCCCUUCCCCACAGUGCAGCAGGCCAGCCCCUUUCCAUAGGAGGCUGCAGUGUGUGGAGGCCAGCCUGGCAGCCAACCAGGACAGGAUCACUACACUUCUCAACAUCAUCCAAGACCUUGAGAUGAGCCAUGCUCUCAACAAGGGUCGGCGAUGCUACAGGACAGGCCAAGACCUCCGGGAGUGCUCCACCUGUCAGAAGACUGCUUGUAUCGUAUAUAGUGUGGAGUAUGACUUCAGGCAGCAAGAGAGACGUUUCUUGGAGGUUUUGUAUCCCCAGAGGGCUGACAACAACACUCCUCCCUCCCUGCCCCACAACAGCACCCUGCUGACGGACGCCAUCACUAAGACCAUGACCAAGUCCAAGGUGAAAAGCAAGAAGUUGUGCAAGAUGCUUUUCCAAUGGCUGCCUAGGACAAUUCAGCGAACAAAGUCCUCCUUUCACCAACUCUCUCCAGAUCAUUUGAAUUCCUAGCAUGUUAUUCAUGAGGUAUUGAGGUAUGAUCUGAUGGUGUGUUCAAGACAACUGGGAACUCUGUAAAAUACAAGGUCAAAUCAAGAUGUCAGUAAUCUCCAAGUCGGAAAAUCAAAGCUCUUGAAAGAGGCCGAAUUCCUGAGUCAGAAUUCUGAGUUAGGUGAACGUUCCAAAUGAUUUUUCCCUGUCGGAGUAAGUUUUUCUGAGAGUUCCCAAUUGUCUUGAGCACACUGAAGUCGGAAGUCAGAGAUUUCCAAGUUCCCAGUUGUUUUGAACUCGUCAUGAUGUCCCUAUCACAGCAAGUAGCACUUGUCAUUGUAGAAGACACCUACAUCCCUUCCUCUCCUGUGUUCUGAAAUCUGAUUUGCUCCUUAAUGACUGAUUGACACCCUAUUGUCCAAUCACAACACAGCAUGAACAGGAAUUGCCCUUAGUAACUACAGACCUUUGCCCAGUCUAGCAACAGUCUAUCAUAUGGAGAAAACUUCAUCCCUCAGGUUAAAAUCAUGAACUUUCAUCCAAAGCACAUGCACUAGUUGUUGAACUAGAUACAACAUCCAAAAGUUUGCUAGAUUGCAAUCACUAUUUUCAGAGCCUAUUGUAGAUGAUAGUCCAUAUUCUAUAGUAUUUUAUUGUAGCUAAGCAUCAAGUGAAGUGUUGCAGUCCUCUACCAGCUUAUCCCAGGGUCAAUGUAUAUACAUCAUAUUUUUUUUAAAUAAACCAAA